CUUGUUAGAGAGAGAGAGAGAGAGAGCGAAAAUGGAGAAUGAAGUGGAAAGAGAGAGUGGGUCGAUGAUCUUUAGCGAGGAGGAGUUGGUAGAGGUAAGUGGAUUGAAGAAAGGAAGAGAUUUUAUAGAAGUGACAUGUGGGUGUACCAGUCAUAGAUAUGGUGAUGCCGUUGGCAGGCUUAUGGUUUUCUCUAAUGGUGACCUCGAAAUCACCUGUGAAUGCACCCCUGGUUGCAACGAAGACAAGUUGACUCCUGCUGCGUUUGAGAAGCAUUCUGGAAGGGAGACGGCUCGAAAGUGGAAAAAUAAUGUUUGGGUGAUAGUUAAUGGGGAGAAGGUGUCUUUAUCAAAGACUGCAUUGCUGAAAUACUACAACCAGGCAUCUAAAAGUGCCAAUGGUACUAACAGAUCUUAUAAUGGAAGAGUUUGUCAUCGUGAUGAGUUUGUUCGCUGUAGCAGGUGUAACAAGGAGAGAAGAUUUCGAUUGCGCACGAAGGAGGAAUGUCGGAUUCACCAUGAUGCUUUAGCAGAUGUGAACUGGAAAUGUUCGAAUCUUCCAUAUGACAGAAUAACAUGUGAUGACGAGGAAGAACGAGGUAGUCGCAGGGUAUACAGGGGCUGCACCCGUUCUCCGACAUGCAAGGGUUGCACGUCCUGCGUGUGCUUUGGGUGCGAAAUCUGUAGGUUCAGUGAUUGCAGUUGCCAAACUUGUAUCGACUUCACUAUGAAUGCCAAGGCUUGAAUCAACUUUUACAGGAUGGGUUAC